AUGUGGCUCUGGCAUUAUAAGUCAUUAAGAAAUGGACUCACCGCAACAGAGAUAUUAAAGAAAGCCCUGGAUAUGAUCACUAUAGCUGUACCGCCAGCCUUGCCCAUGGCGAUGACAGUCGGCAUGGCAUUCGCUCAGCGUCGCCUCAAGCAGAAGAACAUCUUUUGUAUCAAUCCGAGUGUAAUAAAUGUCUGCGGUGUUAUCAACGUCGCCUGUUUCGAUAAGACGGGUACUAUCACAGAAGACGGUCUGGACCUUUGGGGAGUAGUUCCCAAUGGAAAUGGUUGCUACAACCCUCCGGUGAAACAACCCAGUGAACUCCCCAAUGGGCCCUUAUUAGAGACAAUGGCAACCUGCCACUCUCUGACACGUAUCGAGGGUGAACUAUGUGGUGAUCCACUUGACUUGAAAAUGUUCCUGUCAACUAACUGGGAAUUUACUGAGGAGAUCUCAGAAGAUCACUGCAAAUUUGAAAUGACUAUUCCAGCUGUAGUUCGACCUCGAAUUUCACAAAGUCCAGAUAAUACCGUCACCACUCUUGCAGAAGCGGAUGCCUUAUAUUCCUCUCUCCAACGAAUGUCUGUGAUAGCACGUGCUCUCAACGGUAGUCACUUCUCUGUUUAUACCAAAGGCUCUCCUGAAAUGAUUGAAACCCUCUGCCGAAAAGAAACUCUUCCACGAGAUUUCCACAAGGUGUUACUUGAAUAUACCCGGGAGGGUUAUCGUGUCCUGGCUCUCGCUUGGAGACCUCUCCGUGUUGUAUACACUCGUGUCAUGCGCCUUCAGCGUGACUCAAUUGAACGUCAGCUCCAUUUUCUCGGCUUGUUAGUCAUGGAGAACAGACUUAAACCAGAAAGUGCCCCCGAAAUCAAACUUCUCAAAUCUGCCAAUAUUCGCCCUGUUAUGGUAACCGGUGACAACAUGCUCACUGCUCUUUCAGUUGCUCGUGAUUGUGAGAUGAUCGAUGAGAUGGAUCGAAUAAUCAUUGUUUCUGCAACACCUCCCAAGAAACCAGCUCCUGCUGUCCUUUUAGAUACUCCUAAUGGCGUAGCUUUCAACUCUUCGAAUGAAAAUCUAUCCGACUCUGACGAUUCCUGGAAGGAGCUUGUUCAGUUUCACUACGCGGAAGAUCUUCACAAAACAGUUAUUGAAGUGACGGCCACUUCAAAACGUAAAAUUGAUGGGAAGGAGAAAGACAUCGAUGAACAUAUCCGAGAGCCUGAACAAGUCUCUGGAAUUCGAAAUUUCUUCCCCUUUUUGAAGCGUAGACGAAAUACUUCAAGUUAUAGUGUUAAAGCAGUGGAUAUCGACGUGGAAUCUUGUAAUGGGGACUCUAUCAAGAAAGCUGAACGGACGAAACGAUCAAAGGGUGGAGCGCAUGGAAUUACGCUACAGAUGGUUGAUCGACCGGACUUCCACCUUGCUAUUACUGGCAAGACUUGGGCCAUUAUCCGGGAUAACUUCCCUUCCCUCAUUCCAAAGCUCGUUGUAAAGGGAACAGUGUUUGCUCGCUUCUCUCCCGAUCAGAAAUCCCAGUUGAUUGAAGCCCUGCAAUCGGUCGGCUACUUUGUGUCAAUGUGUGGUGACGGCGCAAACGAUUGUGGGGCUCUCAAGGCUGCUCAUGCCGGAAUUGCUCUGAGUCUAGCCGAAGCUUCUGUUGCUAGUCCUUUCACUUCAGGUCUUCAGAAUAUUUCCUGCAUUUCAAGACUCAUUCGGGAAGGUCGAUGCGCACUGGCUACCAGUUUUGGAACAUUCAAAUUCAUGAUUGGCUAUUCCAUCACUCAGUUUACCUCUGUCCUUAUUUUAUACUCUGUCAAAUCGACUUUAGAAGAUAUGCAGUUUCUCUAUAUCGACUUGUUUGUAAUCAUGACCCUUAGCAUUACAUUCGCCUACACUCAACCAUUUAAACAUCUUUCGAAAGAACCCCCAACAACGCGUCUGGUCUCAACAACAACUCUCCUCUCUCUUGGAAGUCAACUAAUACUCAUCAUGGCCACUCAGAUCGGCACAUUCUUCUACAUUAACUCUCAACCAUGGAUUAGCGAAAGUGAUACCCAAACGAAUACGGCAAUUUUCCUUCUCUCCUGCUACCAAUACAUCAUUCUCGCAGUUAUCUUCUCAAAGGGUCCACCUUACCGUCGAAGAAUAUACACUAACUACCUCUUUACUGGCAACAUUCUGCUUAUUCUGGGGAUCAAUCUCUUCAUCAACCUCUACGAGGGCCAAUCACUACUGGACUUCUUCGGCUUGAUCGUGUAUCCUACGUACUUCAUGCGAAUUAUGGUCAUCCAAUUUGCCAUAGCGAACUUCCUUCUAGGCUACUUGAUCGAGGCCCUUGUUGAAGGUGUCUCAUUCCGUCUACAAAUGCGAGAGCUUAAAAAAGCACUCUUCCCACACUCAAUCUCCCACAAAGACUACGAGCGCAUUCGCGAGGAGAUCGAUAGAAUGGCCGGUGAUUGGCCUCCAAUAAUCCGUUCAGCGAGUAUUCAGGAUAUCCGCGCUGAGUUCUUCGCUGAGGACCACCAUCAAGAGAGAAUGCGCCACUACUCCGGUGAUCGAUUGAGAGAAGAUUCCUGUUCUUGUUCUAGCGACGACGAGAUAAAACCCAACGAUCAUCAAUUGUUGAAUGGUAUCACUGUCAAUGUGAAUCCAACUGCUACUCGCAAACGUUGCCAUUCUGCUUUGCAUAAUCGACUUCGGUGUCGUUCUUUGGGUGCCUCUGAACUGCGUGAUUUGUUGAAACAAUGCCAUCAAGAAGAACAAGCUUACAAGGAGUGCGUUGUUGAUGAGGGGGGAGAGGGACCUGAUAAUGCCGGUACUGAGGAGGGUAGUGGCGUCAUGGUGUCCAAAAAGGCGGACGAGAAGGGGAUCUACCGUUACCGUACUAAGAGCAGUAAUGUUGAGCAGAGGAAAGGCCCAGCCGACGCUGCCAAGAUCCCCGUGCUCCCUCUGCAUAACCCGGGUCUUUCCUAA